AUGUGGCCGUUCUUGCGAAGCUCGUUCGUUCUUGCGAAUUCUUGCCGUUGCUGUCGGAACCGGGCCGAACGUGAUCUCUGCGCUUCUGGCCUUACUUCGUUCGCCGUGGCUACUCUUGCCGCUCGAAACUCGCACAGAACUGACUCUGUCCUCAGUCAGCGUAACUCGCCUGUAGCCUUGUUCGAGAACCCGACAGCCGAUGAUGAGGAUGAACUUGAUUUGCUCAAGGCCGUCAAAGCCAACCUGGAUCCGAACGUGUAUCAGGCGAAGGGCACGGAGAAUAUGCCGGCGUUCGGUUUUCGCCCAGGCGCGCAGGUCGUCGCGCCGUACCGCUUUCACAUACCGAAGAAGAUGUUCAGAGAUUUCGCUAUUUUGAUGACCAUCAAACCGGAAGAGGACACCGACGGAUACCUUUUCGCGGUCGUCAACUCGUUCGACACCGUCGUCGAGCUGGGCGUUCUUUUAGAGGGCGUCAACGACCGCAAGGUGAACAUUUCGCUGGUGUACAGUGACCACAAAAAGGACAAGGAGUCGCGAGCCGUCGCCUCUUUUCUCAUUCCUCGCGUCACCGGCAAAUGGUCGCAGCUGGCGUUCCGGGUCGAGGGUAAUGAGGUGACGCUGUUCCUGAACUGCCAGAAGUUCGGCACGCAAAGUGUGCAGCGCAAGCCGAAGCAACUGCACUUCGACGACGCGUCCAAGUUGUACAUUGCGCAGGCGGGUGCUAUCAUAAAUAGGAACUUCGUGGCUACUCCGUCGGACGCUGGCCUGGCUCUUCGCGUCACGCAAGCCGAUCGAGUCUAUAUGUGCCUGUUGACGUUUAUGUCGAUGCUUCGACAGGCGACGCAGCUUUUCAUGUUUCAUUUUUCGCACCCAUAG